UUCGGGGAAUUCCCUCCUUGUUCAUCAAAUGCUUAUUUUUGUUUUCGUAUGUAUCAGUUCAGUGCAAGAAUGAUAGAGUACAAGAUUGCGCAGAUGAGAGACAAAACAUUUUUCGUUCUGCGCAUCUACGUCACACGGCUCAUAAAUUUCGUGAAAUAGCUUGAGUAGCAAGUAAAUAUUGCUUGUUAACAAGAAUGUUAGAGUAGUAGAGUUUAUAGCUGCCAAAUUUUUUACUGCGCCGUGUGACGUAAGCAAUUGUAUGUUUAGUAUAACGGACCUGCGCAAUGCGUAAUCUCUUUUCUAUCAUUCUUGAGUUCAGUGCAUAAAUGUCAGUCGUACUUGAUGAUACAGGGAAAUAAGAUCGUAUUUAUUAAUUAUUAUGGCAACUAAACGUGUUUUGAAAUCUUUGUCGAUUGAAGAAAAGUAUAAACUAUUGAAAGAAGUAGAAGGUGGCUUAAAGAAAAAGAAAGCAGCUGAAAAAUUUAGUAUCCCAGCCAGUACGGUGUCAACGAUUUUUAAGAAUAAAGAAUCAAUUAUUACGUCGUUUGAAUCUGGGGUUCGUCUGGGUAGUAAAAGGAUUAAAACCCCAGUACUUCAAAACAUCGAUAAAGCAACCCUCGAUUGGUUCAAAGCAGCUAGACAUCAAAACAUGCCUAUAUCUGGAGGAAUAUUAAAGGAGAAGGCAAAGGAGUUUGCAAAGCGCUUCGGCGAUGAUCAUUUUAUGGCAAGCACAGGUUGGCUUGAUAAAUGGAAGCAGAGGUAUGCUGUGGGAUAUAAAAGAGCGUGUGGGGAAAGCAAUGACGUUAGUGAAGUGAACUGCGAAAAGUGGAAAAAAGAUGUUUUGCCGAAUUUAUUAAAAAAGUACUGUGGACGGGAUGUUUUUAAUGCGAAUGAAUCAGGGUUGUUUUUUAAAUGUUUGCCAGAUGAAACAUUGACGUUUAAAAACCAAAAAUGCUACGGAGGCAAGAAUAGCAAGCAACAGGUUACGUUGAUGUUAGCAGCAAAUAUGGAUGGAUCGGAAAAAUUUAAAAUUCUAUUGAUUGGAAAAAGUGCCAAACCGCGGUGCUUUCGUGGUAUUAAGUGGUUACCCGUACACUAUAAAGCAAACUCCAAGGCCUGGAUGACUGUCCAAAUUUUUGAAGAAUGGGUUCUAAAUUUGGAUAAGCGCUUUCAAAGUACUGGCCGAAAAAUUUUAUUGUUUAUUGAUAAUUGCCCAGCACAUCCAAAAGACGUACAAAGCAAACUGAAAACCAUUGAACUGGCAUAUUUUCCACCGAAUAUGACCUCUAAAUUACAGCCGCUGGAUCAGGGAGUAAUUCAAAACUUGAAAGUUUCUUAUCGUACCAAAAUAGUAAAAGAAGCACUAAAGCGUAUAGAGGCAAACGAAAAACAAGAUAUUACACUUAUGGAUUGCAUCAAUCAUGUAACAAAAGCUUGGGAUAUUGACGUCAAAAAUCAAACCAUAGCGAAUUGCUUCAAAAAAGCUGGAUUUGGUCAAUAUUCUGAAUGGGAAGAGGAAGAAGACAUACCUCUGAGUUUUUUUAAGUACUACUGAUGAAUAUCAAAAUGUAAUUGAAGCUGAUUACGAAGCAUGGUUAAAAGCAAACAAAAUAACUUGCAGUGCUACUCUUCAGGAUUAUAUUGCAUUAGAGAAUGACCUUUGCACAACUGGCUUUCCUACAGAUGCUGAUAUUGUUGAGAAUUACUGCCCUGAAUUAGAUGAUCCAAUAUUAAGCGGAACGGAGAGUGACGGCGAGGGAUCGGUAGAAGAAACUAUUCACCAGCCUUCCAGAAAUGGUGUAGAAAAUGCUUUCCGAACAUUGAGUUCAUAUUUGCAAACAAAUGACACUACAACUGAUGAGCACUAUACGGCUUUAAACAAAUUAGAGUAAUUUUUUACUGAAAAUACCAAAAAAAAAAAAAGAAAAUUUUCAGUCACUAAUUUCUGAAUAUUUCACUUCACUGUAACUUAUUACAGUUUUCUGUAAUGUGUGUUUUAAACAAAAAAUACGUAUUCAUCAUUUAAUAUACUCUAAAGUAGCAAUUGAGUUU